CCAUAAAUAAGACAUCCGCGAGCACACAGAACAGGAAGAAACAGGACAUCAUGGGUUCUUACAACAAUCCAAAUCCUGGAUCUGAGGCCCUUGUCAACUUAGCUCAAAGGCUUCGCCUUUAUAAACCAACUCGCAUUCAUCAAAUCCCAGACUCAGUUUCCCGUGAAACACGAUUUCCCGUUGUAAAAUCCAUCAGCAACACCCCGGAAUCAGAUCACCGACAUCCUCAAAAUCUCAAGAGAGCUGCUGUUCUUGUCUGUGUUUUUCAAGGAAACAAUGGCGAUCUCCGUGUUAUACUCACCAAACGUUCAUCAACUCUCUCGUCUCACUCCGGUGAAGUUGCUUUGCCUGGAGGGAAACGUGAUGAAACUGAUGCUGAUGAUGUAGAUACUGCAUUGAGGGAGGCCAAAGAAGAAAUUGGCUUGGACCCUUCCCUUGUCAAUGUUGUUGUUGUCCUUGAUCCAAUUUUCACCAAGCAUCGCAUGAUCGUCGUCCCUGUGGUGGGCAUACUAUCCGAUGCAGAGGCGUUCAAGCCAUCUCCAUGUGCAGAUGAAGUGGAAGUUAUAUUUGAUGCUCCUCUAGAGAUGUUUCUCAAGGACGAAAACCGAUGGGCAGAGGAGAAAGAAUGGAAGGGAGAAAAAUAUUUACUUCAUUACUUCGAUUAUGAAACAGAAAACGUCAGGUAUCUGAUAUGGGCUUUAACUGCUGGUGUCUUGAUCAGGGUUGCAUCCGUAGUUUACGAGCGACCGCCGGCUUUUUUAGAGCUCAGGCCGAAAUUCUGGGAUAUGGCGAUUACCGAAGAUGUCUCUGUGGGCAACUUCGACCAGGAGUUCGAAUGUCAACGAUUGUAUCGAAAGGGAGGCUAGCAAAAUAUGACGGGGGAACCAAAAUGAGAAAAGAAAAUGAGAUAAUUGCGUAGGAGGUCCCCGAACCAUGAUCUCCAUUUUAAAUUGAUCUUUAAAAUUUUGAAAUAUUUUAUAUUCAUACUCAAAUUAUGAAAGCACCUUUAAAUUACUCUUAUACUUUAAUAUUUUAUAUAUCAAUUUUCAA